AUGGUUCAACACCAAAACCGGAUCAUCAAGAACACCUGGAUCAACAACAACUGGUUCAACUGCUGCAACGACAACAGAAACUGCGGCAACAACAACAACUGGUUCAACAACAGUAACAACAACUGGUUCAACUGCAUCAACAACAAUACCAGAAACUGGAUCAACAAAAACACCUGGUUCAGCGACAACUGGUUCAACAGCAGCAACAACAACACCUGGUUCAACAAAAACACCUGGAUCAACAACAACUGUUUCAACAGCGGCAACAACAACACCUGGUUCAACAACAACAACUGGAUCAACAACAACUGGUUCAACACCAGCAACAACAACUGGUUCAACAACAGUAACAACAACUGGUUCAACUGCGGCAACAACAACGCCUGUUCAACAACAACUGGUUCAACACCAGCAACAACAACUGGUUCAACAACAGUAACAACAACUGGUUCAACAGCGGCAACAACAACACCUGUUUCAACGACAACUGGUUCAACACCAGCAACAACAACACCUGCUUCAAUAACAACACCUGGAUCAACAACUACUGUUUCAACUGCGGCAACGACAACUCAAUCUGCGGCAACAACAACAAAUGGUUCAACACCAGCAACAACAACUGGUUCAACAACAGUAACAACAACUGGUUUAACUGUGGCAACAACAACACCUGUUUCAACAACAACUGGUUCAACAGCAGCAACAACAGAAAAAACGACGAUGACGACGACAACAACAACAACAACAACAACAACAACAACAACAACAACAACAACAACAACAACAGCAGCAGCGGUAGUUCGUACACCAGUUGUUGUUCUUGCAGCAGUUUUGGUUAAACCCUUUGUGCCUCAACUCCAAGAUAAAACUAGUCCAGAAUUUAUAGCACUUGCGACAGAAGUGGUAGUAGUGUAUGAAGUCAUCUAUAGAGCUCGAUAUGGUUUGCUUUUCAGCCGUGUUAUUGUCAUAGCAUUCAGACAAGCUGGGACCAGAACACGAGCAUCUGAUACUGAAGCAGAAGUGCAGGUUGUGUUUAACAACACAAUAACACCUGCACAAAUCCCAGAAGCUGAAGCUGUUCAACAAACCUUAGUUGAAGCGGUGUCUAACCCCAACAACACUUUCAACCUCAGUAUCAAUCCAGCAUCUGUCGUAGCAGCCCAAAUAAACAUUUUUACAAAGCUGUUGCGGUUCGCAUCGGUUGGAGAGACAUUUACAGCUGACUUGCUGAUCUCAUCAUCUCCAGCAUUUAAAAAUAGAUCAUCACUGAUAGUGACAACACUUGAACCGAUCUACAAUAAAACAUUUUCUUCAUACAACUCAAUGGAAGUGACUGGAUUCCGAAAUGGAUCCAUCAUCACUGACAUCUACAUUCAGUUUGCAUCUACAUCAGCGCCAAACAACACUGACAUUGAAAAUGUUCUGAUCAAUGCAGCUCCAAACAUAACAGCCUUCAACAUUACCAAUGUUGUUGUCAGUGACCCAGUGGCUUCAACUACAACAACAAUGACUACACCUACAAACGCAACCAUAGCAAAUCUUACAAACACCACACCAGGAACAAAUACAACUACAGUGUCUACAACAGCUUCAACUACACCCGUGAAUGCUACAACA